UGCAGGAAGCCGGGCCCGGGGGCUGGACCAUGCAGCGGGACUUGGGCAGCCUGCCCCUGGCCCCCGCGCUGCGGGCGCGGCUUGUGGGCGCCGGGUUCAGCACCGCGCAGGAGCUGCUGGAGGUCGGGCCCUGCGAGCUCAGCAAAGAAAUUGGAAUCUCUAAGGAGGAGGCAUUGGAAACGUUGCAGGUUGUAAGGCAGGAAUGUGAUGGCGAUGCCGUCAGGACAGUUGGUGACCCCGCGGCUCUCCGGAAGUGCACGGCACUGGAACUCUUAGAACAAGAGCAAGCCCAGGGCUUUGUCGUCACCUUCUGUUCAGCGCUAGAUGAUAUGCUGGGUGGUGGCGUGCAGCUGACCAAAAUUACUGAGAUCUGUGGUGCACCUGGUGUUGGGAAAACGCAGUUAUGCAUGCAGCUGGCAGUAGAUGUGCAGAUCCCCGAAUGUUUUGGCGGGCUGGCUGGAGAAGCAGUUUACAUUGAUACAGAGGGGAGCUUUAUGGUGGAGAGGGUAGUGGACAUUGCAACUGCCUGCGUUCAGCAUUGCCAGCUUAUUGCUGAAGCGCAUCAGGAAGAAGACCAUCAUAAAGCCCUGGAGACUUUCUCCCUUGAAAGCAUCCUGUCUCAUAUCUAUUACUUCCGUUGCCAUGACUACACUGAGCUUCUAGCACAGAUUUACCUCCUCCCAGACUUCCUUUCAGAGCAUUCAAAGGUCCAGUUGGUAGCGGUUGAUGGAAUUGCAUUCCCUUUUCGUCAUGACUUUGAGGACCUCUCACUGCGAACAAGGCUUCUGAAUGGCCUGGCUCAACAGCUGAUCAGCAUAGCAAAUGAUCAUAAAUUAGCUGUAAUUUUGACAAAUCAAAUGACAACAAGGAUUGGACAAAGUCAGUCCACGUUGGUUCCUGCUUUAGGGGAAAGCUGGGGACAUGCUGCUACCAUCCGUUUAAUCUUGCACUGGGACAACAAUCAGAGGUUGGCAACGUUAUACAAAUCGCCGAGUCAGAAGGAGUCAACAGUACCAUACUGUGUUACCCCUCAUGGCUUUCGGGAUGUGCAGCCUCCACCUCCAAGCCAAACCCCCGAAGGAUCUGAAAUGAACCCUCACAAACGGCCACGGAUAGAAGAGGACAAACAGUAGCGUUUCAGAAGCUAAACUUUGCUAAAGAUGUUCUGUAUGGAAAUGUUUAUACUACAAACUUGGGACCAACCCACAGGCACCCAAGAGACUGGUUUUUAACCAAAAUUGUUGCUUCACAAAUUAUUCUCAUAUUAAAGCCAGAACAUCCGUGCUUGCUCAGAUGUUUAGUUUUAACGUGCCGUUGGCUUUUUUAAUAAAAAAUUGAAAAUGUU